AUGUAUUGCAACAUAUUCGCUUUAGGGUUUCUCUUGAGCUCUUUUGCUUUUGCGGCCCCAUCAUCAUCCUCUAUUUCAAAGCGGACGGCCUCUGGGCUCCCUUUAUCGACAAAAGGGCGCGAUAUCAUCGAUGCAAAUGGCGAGGUAUUCCAUUUCAUGUCCACCAAUUGGCCAGGCCAUCAGGAAAUAAUGAUCCCGGAAGGUCUCCAACACUCCUCGAUCAAGGAUAUCGUAGCUUGGUUCCCAAAAUUUGGCCUCAAUUCCGUCAGGUUGACCUUUGCCAUCGAGAUGAUUGACGACAUAUAUAGCAACAACCCAAAUCAAACCUUGGAGAAGAGCGUCAUCAAUGCACUAGGCCAAACGAACGGUACCAGGGUGCUUGGCCAAAUUUUGAAGAAAAACCCGCAGUUUAAUAAGAAUACGACAAGACUACAGGUCUGGGACGCUGUUGGGAGGGAGCUAUCCAAGCAAGGAGUGAUUAUUCACUUGGACAAUCAUGUCAGUAAGGCGUUCUGGUGCUGCGGUGAUGACGACGGGAACGGUUGGUUUGGUGAGAAGUAUUUCGAUGUGGAGAAAUGGAAGCGCGGAUUAGCGUUCUUCACUAAGCAUGCGAAAAACAACUGGCCAACUUUCUCUUCAGUGGGAUUACGCAACGAGUUGCGGGGCGCGAAAGUUUCCGAGCCAGUAGACUGGUAUACGUGGUAUGUCCACAUGACUUCCGCUGCAGACGCAGUCCAUAAGGCGGCUCCCGAUGCCUUGCUAUUCUUCUCUGGAUUGUCGUACGAUACUUAUAUUGAUCCAAUUCCACUCGGUAAGGCCUUGAACGGCACUUCUGGUACGCCGACUGCUGGGAAGACUGCCAGAUUCGUGCCCAGCAACUUUAGCUGGGAGAACAAAAUCGUGCUCGAGAUCCACAAGUACGACUUCGAAGCUACUCAGGAUAAUUGCACAACAUUCAAGUCAAAGUGGUACCAGAAAGGCUUCCAGGCUGUGAAUCCGAAUGACCCAGCUACUCAGUACACCUUCCCAAUGGUGAUUUCCGAAUGGGGCUUCAUUCAAAACGGUACGUACUGGAAUCAGACGACGUACGCGAGCUGUUUGAUCGAGAUGGUGAAGGAGUAUCAGGUUAGCUGGCAGCAUUGGGAGCUCUCUGGCAGCUUCUACCUCCAAACUCGACCUAAUAGGACGCCAGAGACUAUUCAAGGGCUUGAGGAGGCUUGGGGCUUGCUAAACUAUAACUGGAACGGCAUCCGGUCACCAAUCACCCUUGAUAAUAGCUUAUACAAGAUGAUCGACGCUCUAAAGUGA